CUCUACUAGACCAGUCAUCUGCCAGGGCUGGUAGGAUGCGGAGCCGCCGUUGUGUGCUCAUCAGGUCUGUUUAUGACCCAGUGUCCCAAUUUGACGCCGAUAUAUUUAUAUCCGCAUAGCACGGAGUGCCCUCUGCCCCAACAACCACCCAUUUGACGCUGUACAUCCCGAUCUCUCAAACCAUCGGAAAUGGAUCAACUCUCCAAGGAACAAAUCGACUCAUACAGAGAAGCAUUCUCUCUAUUUGACAAAGAUGGCGAUGGCACGAUCACCGCCAAGGAAUUAGGCAUCGUCAUGCGUUCGCUGGGCCAGAACCCCACCGAGGCUGAGCUACAGGAUAUGGUCAAUGAAGUAGACAAGGACGGAAAUGGAACGAUCGAUUUCGAAGAGUUUUUGGAUAUGAUGUCGCGCAAUGCUGUGGACGAGAAUGCAGAGGAGGAAAUGCGCCAGGCGUUCCUGGUCUUUGACAAGGACGGAAGUGGGCAGAUCAGUAAAUCUGAGUUGAAACAGGUCAUGCGCAGUCUCGGGGAAUACUUGACUGAUCAAGAGGUCGAAGAAAUGAUCAGGGAGGCAGACGGUGAUGGUGAUGGCGAAAUUGACUUCCAGGAGUUCCAGAGGAUGAUGCUCGGAAAGUAAAGCGGCUGGAUGAUCACUGCCUUGAUUUUUGUUCCCUUACGGCUCCCAAUCUUCACUUCUAUCUGAUUCCCCUGCCCCAAAUCCUUAUUAUACCUCCUUUUCCUUGAUUUCUGAGGAUAUGACAUCAUCAUUCACAUUUGCUUCCGAUCCGAUUUGAGUCAAGUG